UCAGAUUCGCCGCAUCAUCUGUUCACCACUCGCACCCAAAGCCCCUCCAGCAUGAGCAGCUCAAGCAAACCCUACGAUGCCGAAGGACAACCUUGGAGUACUGGCCUCUGCGACUGCUUCACCGACGUCAAAAGCUGCUGCAUCACCAUCUGGUGCCCAUGCAUCACCUUCGGACGGAUAUCAGAGAUCGUGGACAAAGGGACAAGCUCUUGCAUCGCGAAUGGCGCAAUCUUUGCGCUGAUCCACCACCUGACUUUGUGCGCAUGCCUCUAUUCAUGCCUCUACCGAACCAAACUGAAACAAGAGUUCGGGUUGAGGGAAAAUCGGUGCCAUGACUGCUUAGCCCACACCUUCUGCUUGUAUUGCGCGCUUUGUCAAGAGUACCGAGAGCUCAAGAGCCGCGGAUUCGACAUGGAGAGGGGAUGGGAAGGAAACGCCAGGCAACAGAAAGAACUGGCAAUGGCCCCAAAGGUGGAAGGCGACAUGAGGCGCUAGGGUCCUGCGCUUGACUAUGGAAGUGAACUUGUUGCUCGGAACAACAUAUGUCGUGUACUAUUAUUCCGUGUGAUUAUUAAAGUCGGAGCUCAGCUCCUAAUUCUGUUA